UCCUCCACAAGCCACAUAUCUUCAAUUUCAACAAAAUCCCAUCUCUUUUUUUCUGUUCUCAGCUCAUAUAAACUUCAAAGUUUCAAUCUUUUUACCCAAUUGUUCAAACCCAAAUCUCACUUUUUUCCUCUCUCUCUCUCUGUUUUUUUUUUCUUUUGCUCUGUUUUUCCCUCUUGUUUUGGAUACACCAAAUCGAAAUGUCGUCGAGUAUCUAUCAAGGGUUGCAAUCAUGUCUGACGGAACCACAUGUUCUAAGGCUCAAAUUGACUCCCUCAAAAUCCAAUUCUUCCCGGCCGGCGGCGGCGGCGGCGGAGGAUGAAGAUUCUGAGCUCUCUGCCGCUCAUUGUGAUGCACAAAUUGAAACCCAUCUCGAAAUGGGGGAAAAUAGCGCCGCCAGCUCUGCUCCGGCGGCCGACAUGACCGCCGCGGAGGGCGGCGGAAAUGGUGGUGGUGGGUGGAGCUGUCUCCAAGCUCUGUCCGGUGUGUAUGUUGACCCUCCGACUAAGCAGAAUUCUCCGACGACGCUCAGCCGGAGGAGCCUUGAAAUGUGCACCGAGAGCUUGGGGAGCGAGACCGGCAGCGACGGCAGCGAGACCAGCGGCGACGAGAGAAUGUCUCUGCUUCUGUUGGACGAAACAGAGGUAUCUCCAAUGGCUUCCGACGAAACGCCGCAGCCUCGGUUUUCGAGACAUUCGAAAUUGAGAGCGACAAAGAAACUUGCCAGGCCGAACUAUCCUCCGCUGCUGUCAUCAAUGAGUGGGCCAAUGGGUGUGAAGGUGAAGCCUUACAGGGAAGAAGGACGGCUGGUGCUGAAAGCAGAGUCGUUGCCAUCGGUGAAGCCAUGUUUGUUGGUGGAGCGAGGUGACGGGAGGUUGAGGCUACGAUUGGCGAACGAUCAUUGUAUCGUCGAGGAAGAGGAGGAAGGGAAGGAGGAGAAUAAUAUAGGGAAGCUUGGGAUGGGUAGGAGGUGCAAGUGCAAGGAAGGAGAGGGAGGGAGGAAGGGGUUGCUCAAUUGGAAGCCAUUUUUGGUGUCCACUUGAAGCUUUUCUGUCUCUAUCUUCUCUAUCAUAUUGGCUAUGAUAUUUUAUUACUACUUUUUCUUCUCUCUUUUGGGAUUUCUAUG